CCUUUUUCACUUUCUCCCCAAAAUUUCCUCCAAUUACAGAAACACAACAUUUCUCUCUAAAAUUACCCUUUAGAAACAGGCGUUUCAAUGGCUGCUUAUCUUCUCACUUUACGCCCCAGCGUAAUCCAGGCAUGUGCUAUUCCCGGUCACCCGAAACCCGAUGCCAAUCGCCGGAAGAGUAGGUCUCCGUCUGCCUCCAGCAACUGGUGGGGGCCGAUAUUUGGAUGGUCCUCCGAGGCCGAUUAUAUUGACUCCGAUAACAAAACAGAGACCAGGGAUAACAGAGAAGGCGAAUCGGAAACGGAUUUGGGACAAAAAUCAUCAAGAUCGAAGUUUUCUCCGGGUUGCUUCACCGAAGAGAAGGCGAGGCAGCUGCGGAUGAUGACUACUAGCACGUCGUCGUUUCACGACGUUAUGUACCAUUCGGCGAUUGCUUCUCGACUCGCCUCCGAUUUCAAGGAUCACUCCGAUCUACGAGUAUAGGACGAGUCAGGGAAAUAAAGUAUUUUUAUAUCCAGUAUUCUGAAGGGGCUGAAAAAAUUGUAAAACGAUAUUUUAUGGUUUGAAUUUAGUAUCGUGGAAGAGACGAUUAAGGCAAAAUGUAAUUAUUUAAUAUUUGAUGUAAAUAAAAAGUAUAGAAUCUUUUUCAAAUCCUUAUUAUUAUUUCUGAAUUACUGGUAUUUGCUUUCA